CUGCAGGAACUCGAGGCCAUGACCAGGUACACCAGUCCGGUGAAUCCGGCGGUGUUCCCCCACCUCACCGUGGUCCUGCUGGCCAUCGGGACAUUCUUCACCGCCUGGUUCUUCGUCUAUGAGGUGACAUCAACAAAAUACACAAGAGACAUCUACAAAGAGCUGCUCAUCUCCCUUGUGGCUUCACUUUUCAUGGGUUUCGGUGUGCUGUUCCUCCUACUGUGGGUGGGCAUCUAUGUCUGA